GAAGCGGUGCGGCUGCGGUUGGGUCCAUGUGGCCGGCGAAGGGGGGUCCGGUUGCGGCGGAGGGGGGCAGCGGAGCCCUCCUCCUGCUCGUGUCGGUGGUGCUGGCCGCGGUGCUGCUGGCGGCCGUGGUGCGGCAGCUGCUGAAGCAGCGGCGGCCUCCAGGCUUCCCUCCCGGCCCCGCGGGGCUGCCCCUCAUCGGCAACAUCCACGCCCUGGGCGCGGAGCAGCCGCACGUCUACAUGCGGCGGCAGAGCCACAUCCACGGGCAGAUCUUCAGUCUCGAUCUUGGAGGCAUAUCUGCUAUUGUACUGAAUGGAUACGAUGCAGUAAAAGAAUGCCUUGUCCAUCAAAGUGAAAUUUUUGCAGACAGACCAUCUCUGCCCUUGUUUAAGAAGCUGACAAACAUGGGAGGCUUACUGAACAGUAAAUAUGGCAGAGGAUGGACAGAACAUCGCAAAUUAGCUGUUAAUACCUUUCGAAGUUUUGGAUAUGGUCAAAGGUCCUUUGAACACAAAAUUUCAGAAGAGGCUAUGUUUUUUCUUGAUGCCAUUGAUACGUACAAAGGCAGACCAUUUGAUCUAAAGCACUUGAUAACAAAUGCUGUUUCAAACAUUACUAAUUUGAUUAUUUUUGGAGAACGUUUUACAUAUGAAGAUACCGAAUUUCAGCACAUGAUUGAGAUUUUUAGUGAAAAUAUUGAAUUAGCUGCUAGUGCUUCUGUAUUUUUAUAUAAUGCUUUUCCUUGGAUUGGUAUCUUGCCAUUUGGGAAACACCAGCAGCUGUUUAAAAAUGCAGCUGAAGUCUAUGACUUUCUUCAUGACCUUAUUGAACGUGUCUCUGAAAAUAGGAAGCCUCGUUCACCUCGACAUUUUGUAGAUGCAUAUUUAGAUGAGAUGGAGUGCAAUGAAAAGGAUCCAGAAUCUACAUACUCAAGAGAAAACUUAAUUUUCUCUGUUGGAGAACUCAUCAUAGCUGGGACAGAAACCACAACGAAUGUUUUAAGAUGGGCAGUGUUAUUUAUGGCUCUUUAUCCAAACAUUCAAGGGCAAGUUCAAAAAGAAAUCGAAUUAGUCAUCGGCCCAAGCAAAAUGCCUGCCUUAGAAGAGAAAAGCAAAAUGCCAUACACUGAGGCUGUUCUACAUGAAGUCCUAAGAUUCUGUAAUAUAGUUCCACUAGGUAUUUUUCACGCAACUUCCAAAGAUACUGUUGUGCGUGGCUACUCUAUUCCUGAGGGCACUACAGUCAUUGCAAACCUUUACUCCGUUCAUUUUGAUGAAAAAUACUGGAGCAAUCCAGAAGUGUUUUUUCCUGAGAGAUUUUUGGAUAGCAAUGGGCAGUUUGUCAAGAAGGAUGCAUUUGUUCCUUUUUCACUAGGAAGAAGACAUUGCCUUGGAGAACAACUAGCUCGAAUGGAAAUGUUUUUGUUUUUCACUUCAUUACUACAACGAUUUCACCUGUGUUUUCCUCAUGGCAUGAUUCCAGAUCUCAAACCAAGAUUAGGCAUGACAUUACAACCACAGCCAUACCUCAUCUGUGCCGAAAGACGGUGAAGAGAAGGAUCUAGAUUGUCAAGUGAAACACAGUGUUCCAGGUUGCAGCUGAGGAUCUACUUUGCCUUCUAUUUCUAAGUGUCUUCAUGCCAGAAGAACAAAGAUUUAAAGGAUUUGCAGAUAAACUCUGAUUGUUUGUGCAUAAGUAAGCUAAUAGUUUCUUCUUACUUGUUUUGUUCACAAAAAACCCCACCCUGAACCAAAACGAUGAAACACAUCCUGUGUUUAAAGUUCACGUUUUCACUCCAGAAGUCUUCUUUAAUUUCCUAACUUCUUACUCAGCUUUUAAAUAUUCAAUUAUCUAGCAAGUCAUUUUACUUUGAGAGGAUAUUUUUGUAAGAAUGGAGAAUAUGGCUCAAAAUGUUCAUACUCAGAUUCAUCCAUGAAAAUCUCAUUUACAUUAUUCCAGCUAAGAUGUUCUUUAUAAUCCUCCAUUAAAUUUACAUAGCUAAAAAGUUUUCAAAGGUAUCUAUUUAAAUUUCUGUAACUCAGAAUAAACUGUC